AUGCCCCGGCGCAUUCUCUCCGACUCUAACAAAGGCUGGUCAGGGUGGGAGUCUCGCUUUAACGCUGCACUCAGAAUGAGCAAAUCAAGCAUGCUUUCUACAAGAGUGAAAAAUGAACAGGAAGGAAACCGUUUGUCAAUGAAAUUACGUCACAUCCGGAAAAACAAACAGAGAACUGAAAAUUUAUCAAACAAAGAUAUUAAGGAAACAAAAGAUGACUUUAUAAAAAUCAUUGCCUCUGGUCAAGUUUAUAGGAAGCAUCGAUUUGAGAAGUACGAUCCUUAUCUAAAAGAAAUUAAAGAACGCAGGACAGUUGUUGUGGACAAGUUCAAAGACAUAAAGAAGGCAACAAAGAGCGUCCGACUUGCAAAUAUCAUUGCAAAAGGGCGUCUGCUUGAGCGACCCUUUAACGACCUUACACCUAUUCCUGAAGAAAGUGGUGCCAUUCCAAGCCAAACUCGUCGCGAGUCCGUAUUUCAUCCGCUUGACCUGUCCAGUUCUGUAGGAUUGAGAUCGAGCAACUCAACUCAGCUCACCGACCACAGAGAUCGUUUGUUAUCUGCAUCAUCUCGGGUGACUGACCUUGCCAGCGUCAGGAGCGAACAGCUGCGCGUCAAAGAAUAUUCGUACAAAAGAAUAAAGCGGAAGGCCAAGACUAUCAUCAUGAGUCGAGACCGGACAAUAUUUCCGGGGGAAUGCAAGUCAACGUAUGAGAUGAGGAAGUUCAUGGCUCAGGAAGCAACUGAUUUCAUUUAUUCUUUCUCGCCCGAAGGACGACGGAAGGCUCAGAUCGACCACUUGAAACGAGAGGUGCAGCUGCCAUCGUUUGUUGACCGAACAAAGUCGACAUCAGCCAUAAUGCGACACUUCCGGGAAUACAAAUCCAACCGAACACUUUUAGAACCAAUUUAGUUACUGUAUAACGCCUGUAUUUCGAGGAUACAUAUUUUUGCCUCAUUUGCACACGAAAAAUAUAAGCUUUCUUAUG